GCUUGGGCUUCAAGUUGGUUCACAGAUCUUGAAGCAAUCCAGUUCUCUGGAUGGAGUCUCCAUGCCAAAUAUUGCAGAAUGUCACAACUGUCACUGAAUUUAUACUCCUGGGACUCUCCAGUGACCCUGAAACCCAACUCAUUCUCUUUGGUGUCUUCCUGCUUAUCUACUUGGUGGUUCUGAUGGGGAACGUUCUUAUCCUUCUUACCAUCAGCUUGGAUAACAAACUUCACAGCCCCAUGUACUUCUUCCUGGCCAACCUCUCCGUGGUAGACAUUGGCUAUACAACAGCCAUUGUCCCCAAGAUGCUGAUGAAUUACCUCUCCCAGGAAAAAUCUAUCUCUCUAUCUGGUUGCUUAUCCCAACUGUUCUUCUUUAUCUCUUUUGCUGGCAUUGAAUGCCUCCUGCUGGGUGUCAUGGCGUAUGACCGAUAUGUUGCCAUUUGCCAUCCUUUGCAUUACAGCGUGUUCAUGAGCUGCAAAGUCUGUGCCUCUUUAGCAGCCACUGCUUGGAUUCUGGGCUUGGCUAAUUCAGGUGUGCACACUGGCCUGAUGUCCCGUUUGUCUUUUUGUCAGGACAAUGUCAUCCAUCACUUUUUCUGUGACGUUCCACCUCUCUUGCAGCUUUCUUGCUCCAACACUCAAAUCAAUCAGAUUGUUGUCUUUGCGGUGGGUGGAAAUGUGGUCAUUGGUUCCUUUGUGUUGACACUAGUGUCCUAUGUCUAUAUAGUGGCAUCCAUCCUCAGGAUCCGUACAAAGGAUGGGCGUCUCAAAGCCUUCUCCACCUGUGCUUCUCACCUGACUGUUGUCAACAUAUUUUAUGUCACUGCCAUCUUUACCUACUUUCUCCCCAGCUCUCCUUCCUCUUCUAAAAAGAAUCAGGCCCUUUCUGUUAUGUAUGGGAUCAUUGCACCUAUGUUUAAUCCAAUAGUAUACAGCUUGAGGAACAAGGAUGUGCUAAAUGCCCUUCAAAAAGUAAUAGGUAAGGUGAGAUAG